UGUGAAGUGCAUAUGUACAGUCAAUCUCUCUCUCGCAGCAGUCAGCCCCUGCUAUAACGGAACACUGCUGCUCCCAGUGACCGCUAAUACCAGAGGUUUGGUCUGGGUUUGGACAACUUGGUCGUUAAUUUGAGCCCUCGUUUGUAGAAGCCAUGUUUUCCAAAGCCACUGCCAAUUUCGUCCAUCAGAUUGACCCUGACGGAAGCCUCAUCCAUGUGUCUCGAGUGAACGACUCAAAAAAACUGGUUCCUAUCGGACUGGUCGUCAAACGCAAUCGCAUCUGGUUCUGGCAGAGCCCCAAAUACCAACCCACAGUUUUCACCCUCAGUGACUUGUUGCAAGGCGAUCAGGUGCUUAGUCCUGGAGUGUCCGAGACAGACUUUCUGACCUACGAGGGGACGUUUAGAGACACACUCUCCGGGAAGCUGGACCCUGAGGCUGGCCCCAUCGGUGUAACACUGGAGGGUCUGGGGUCUUCUGAGCUCCAAUCAUGUUUUGGCAAGAUGAAGAAAGAGGAACUGGAUGUGAAAAAGCUGUUACGGGACUCCAGCAGCAGGCUAGUGGACAUGCAGAAUAAUCUUGUGAAGCAGAUGGAGAAGCGAGCGGAGGUGCUGGCAGUGGUGAAGGAGAGGAUCCUCACCACCACCCCCUGCUCCAUCACCCAGAAGAAAAGGGAGCAGUGCAUCUUUCAGGGGCUGGUGCGCAUGCUAGGGAGCCCUGCUAGGGUGUGUUUGACGAACAGCAGCAAAAUUGAGGCAGACAGCGACAUUUCCUUGGAGAUCCCCUCUGGAACAGUUAUUGCGUACAGCGUCCUGGAACUGGACAUUAAAAAGGAUGGACACUAUGAUAUAUGCCUACGGCCUGGAACUAUAGGAGGCAUUGAAGCAGACUCACCGGAGUCCUGGCCAUCCCAUGAUUCCUUGGAUUUGGUGGACGGCAUGAUUCCAGAGAAAGUGCCUUUGAGUGAAAUGCUAAAUGGAUCACAUGAGAUGGAUCUUUCUCCUCUGGCAGAGCUCCCCCACUCCACUCGAUACGCCUUUAAGAGACUCCAGGAGACUCUGAGGGACAGAGCUGCCCUGUCACAUGUUGAGUGUUUGCUGGACGAGUUGUGUAGUGGUGAAACACUGGAUAUGUCCAAGAAUGAGGAGCUGUCAGAGUGUCAGAGAAAAUUAUUGUCAGCCAUAUUGGCCCUACUUGGCACAGACAGUGCCGCUGACGACAGCCAGUGUGGCCUCCCUGUACACCUAAAUGCAGCUCACCUGUUGGUCAGUGCCAUGGAAGAGAUGCCUGAUGAAACUCUGAGCCUCUUGAGUGAGAGCCAACCUGAUUUUCUGGAGGCCUUCAACACAUUGAUGAACAGGUUAAAGAAGAACAGCGAGCCUCUCUCCAUCCAGUGUCUCCCCGUUUUCCUGCAGGACAACCAGGCCUUCCAGCAGGCAGAGCAGCUGCUCAGCUCAGCUAACGUGGCGCUGAAGAGAGACAGCGACAGGCUGUGGUCAGAGACAGGAAGUGAAGCAGGAGUUCUCCCAUUAAUCCUCUCUCUCUGCAUACACGGACUGGCUCUGCUGUGCAAAGGGCAAAAAUAGUACUAGUGUCUGCAUGUGCACUUUCUUUUUCUUUUCUAUGAAAUGUAUUCCGUCCAUUUCUUUCUUUAUUGGAAAGUUUAAAUCAAGCAUGAAAUCCUUGUAUUAUUAUAGUAUUUCUUUCAUAUUUUAAAACUAUUUCUACAGUAUUAUUCUGAUCUUACUAUUUCUAUUUUACCUACAUGUAUUUUAUUUGCAAGCGCUUAUUUUUAUAUUUUAAAAAAAGAAAACGUGUGUAUAUAUAUAUAUUUCUUUUUAUAGGAUGAAAUUCUACAUUUGUUGCAUACAUUGGGUAAUAAAUGUUAAUUCUGAGGAUGUUUCCUUGAAUGGCACCUUACAUAAAUCUAUACUACUUUUUCUAUGUUUAUAUUUUAUUAUUUUUAUUCAAACUGUUCAUUUUCUUGUUCACUGACUUGUCCAUCAAUGAGAUGUUAAGUGUUACAAGUAGCAAAAGUUUUUUUAAAUGUGAUGCAUGCGGAUGGUAUACAAAUUGAAUAAAUAUAUACUGUACAUGCAUGCAGUAUUAAAUGCAUGCAACUAUAUGUAUAAACUGCAUGCAUAUUAUUACCAUGGUUUUUUUUUCCCCAAUCAAGCUGCAUUUUAUUGCUGCUAAUGCUCCUUAUGCUCUUUAUCAUGAAAGCUACACUGCCCAGCCAAAAAAAAGGUCACAAGUCUGUGGGGGCAGUGCUAUGAUCUGGGGUUGCUGCGGUUGGUCUGGUCUAGGUUCAGCAACGUUAUGUGCCCAAAGAAUGAGGUCAGCUGACUCCCUGAAUAUACUGAAUGACCAGGUUUUUCCAUCAAUGGAUUUGUUCCUCCCUGAUGGCACGGGCAUGUUCCAGGAUGACAAUGCCAGGAUCCAUCGGGCUCAAAUUGUGAAGGAGUGGUUCAGGGAGCAUGAGACAUCAUUUUCACACAUGGGUUGGCCCCCACAGAGUCCAGACCUGAACCCGAUUGAGAAUCUUUGGGAUGUGCUGGAGAAGACUUUGCGCAGUGGUCAGAAUCUCCCGUCAUCAAUGCAAGAUUUUGGCGAAAAAUGUAUGCAAGACAGAAAUAAAUGUUGUGGCAUUACAGAAGCUUGUGGAAACGAUGCCACAGAGAAUGCGUGCUGUAAUCAAAGCUAAAGGCGGUCCAACAAAUAUUACAGUGUGUGACCUUUUUUUUUCGCCAGGCAGUGUAUGUAUUUACCAUUCCUUGAAAUGCUGUCAUUGAAUACAUAAAGCUACUUUAUAUUGAAAUUCUGUAUUUUCAUAUGUGAAUUAUGUGUAUUUCUUGCUAUGAAAUGUUAUGAAGCUGCCUUUCUUCCAAUUUCUUAUUUUUGAUUGACUGGAAAAAGUAGUUCUAACCAUACUACAGUAAUCCAUUUUGAAAAAUGUUUAUUUAAAGUGUAUGAUUUUUUGUCACAGCUAAAGUAUGUCAAAUAAAGCUUUUUAUUUGCAUUGUUAAUAUCUCCAAAAUAAGAAGAAAAGAGAUAAAAGAAUUAGGAAUUGUAUUUACCUUUCUUGGAAUUAUUUAAGAAAAGUGUUUACUUGAGAGGUUAAGCCUUGUGCUCUGUGAUGGAAAGCUAUUAACAAUAAAACGUUUUAUUUUUUAAA